GGCUCUUUCGUUUAGUGAAAAACAUGUUAGAAUGUGCAAUAGCUGUUGUUUAUUACGGAUGCACAAUAUUAUCUAAUACUCAGGUACUCCGAUUUUGUGACUGUAGCAUUUUAGGACAAAUCAGAAGUCCGGCUUUACCUGACUGACUCCAAAGAAUGUCUUCGCACAAAGUAGUUGUAACUCGCAGGACAACGACCAACAAGCGGCCUUUGUCUUUCGCCCUUCACACUGAUUACGUCAAGUCAACUCCAGGCAUUUUAAAAGCAGUGGAGACGGUAUUAGGAACUGUAUCUUUUGGAUUGCUCGCUCACUACUGCCAGCCUUCUAACCCUCUCGCUAGGAAAUGGCUUGUUGCUGAACCGGAAGAAGUCUUCUUUUUCAUGACUACUUUUGUCUGCGUCGUGAUAACAUUUCUUUUACUGUUGUCUUGCAUCGUGUCUUUUCCGACUGCGUCUUUUAUUCCGAAAACACUUUUUGAACUUCUCUACCAUUGCUUGGCCUUUAUUUUCUACCUGUGUGGUAGCCUGAGUGUACUGAUACUGGUUGCAGGUCACAAUGAAACUGCUUACUGGAGUAGCAAUUACGGAUUCGAGGGAAAAAUAACUGCAGCGGUGAUCGGACUGGUGAAUACCGCACUGUAUUUCUUUAGUGCUUUCUUUUCAUUUCGAUCCUUCAAUAGAAACUGAAAAAUCGUUCCUCUAAAAACUUUACAGAAAAAUUGACGAACAAAGACCAAAAUAAGAGUGUAUCAUUUCAAAAGGGACGUCCAUUCACAUAUUUCAAGUUUAGAAGCUAAGAGGAUAAAACUCAACAAUGCUCUUUUGUAGAAGAACAUGUCAUGUUUUCAACAUUGAUCUACUUUCAAAUCUUUGUUGAAAGAAACGUCAUUUCAACAAUGCUGUUUUGUAAAAGAACAUGCCAUCUUUUCAACAUUGAUUUCCUUCAACUUUAUUUUGUAAAGAAACGUCCUUUCAUCAUUGCACUACUUCAGCAAUGCUCUUUUGUAGAAUAACAUGUCAUGUUUUCAACACUGAUCUACUUUCAAAUUUUUGUUUUAAAGAAACGUCAUUUCAACAAUGCUGUUUUGUAGGAGAACAUGCCAUCUUUUCAACAUUGACUUCCUUCAACUUUAUUUUGUAAAGAAACGUCAUUUCAUCAUUACUCUACUUCAACAAUGCUCUUUUGUAGAAGAACGUGCUACUUUUCAACAGUGCUCUAUUGUAGAAGAAUGAUCCGUUUUUUUUUCAAUAUUUAUUCUACAAGGUUGAAUAAAGUCUCCAUAUUAAAACUUUGCUACAUAAAUCCAGCCUGAUGAACUACUAACUGUGAAACUCUUGUUUUAAAAGUGAUAAGCACAACAUUUUAGACCUUAGCAAUAGCAUCGAUUAAUCCACCAUUUUCACUUAUAAACGUUUUGACCCUCAAAAUGUUAUAUUAUUGCAAUAAAACAGCGCUCUGCCAGUGAAUUAUGAUAAGAAAA